AUGCAGAAUUAUAUACAACUCGAGAAGCUAGGUGAGGGUACCUACGCCUCUGUCCACAAGGGCAGAUCGAGGCUCACGAGUGACAUUGUCGCACUUAAGGAAAUACACCUCGACGCGGAAGAAGGCACACCAAGUACAGCUAUACGUGAAAUAUCUCUCAUGAAGGAGCUCAAACAUCCCAACAUAGUCAGGCUGCAUGACGUAAUACACACAGAAACUAAGCUGAUGCUUGUAUUCGAGUUCAUGGACCAGGAUCUGAAAAAGUACAUGGACAGUCACGGCGACAGAGGUGCACUGGAGCCUAACACCAUCAGAAGUUUCACAUACCAGCUAAUUAAAGGUACGGGAUUCUGUCACGAGAAUCGAGUCCUGCAUCGCGACCUCAAGCCACAAAAUCUGCUCAUAAACAAGCGCGGCGAGCUCAAACUCGCUGACUUUGGUCUCGCUAGAGCAUUCGGUAUACCCGUCAACACCUUCUCGAAUGAGGUCGUCACCCUCUGGUACAGACCGCCAGACGUCCUCCUCGGGUCCAAGACGUAUUCCACAAGCAUAGAUGUGUGGAGUGCCGGCUGCAUCCUCGCGGAGAUGAUCUCUGGCGUGCCGCUGUUUAGAGGUAGAGAUAACAACGACCAACUCAACGCUAUUAUCAAGGUCAUCGGUACGCCAUCAGACGACGUACUUCGUAGGAUCGCUGCUGAGAGCCCGGAAAUUCAGCUUAGGAACUUCCCACGCUACCCUAAGGUGCCUUGGCACACCCUUUAUCCUAAGGCACAUCCGUUAGCCAUCGAUCUCCUCGAUAAACUGCUCCAGUUCGACCCCAUCAGAAGAUUGAGCUGGGAAGGUAGUGAUGAGAUAGGUAUUGAGUCUAGUGUGGAACCUAUUGUUGAAUCGGCGACAACAUCAGUGAUAGAAUCAGUUUUAAGCAACUCUGAAUCAGAGUACGAAUACGAUUCUGAGUCUGAAACUGUGUCUAUUGACAACUCUGUCAUGGAUGAUGCAGGUUCUGAUUAUCAAGACCUGGACAUGGUAGUUGAAUCAGAAUCUGAAUACCAAUGUCAAUCAGUAUCACCACCUUCUCAGCUGAGAUCAAAGAGACAAGAAAGGUCUAAUUGA